GUACAAGUGAAAAGGGUGGCAUGUAGACGUAAGCUAUUCGUAUAUAAAGGACGAACGCGUACGAGUACCUUCGGGAGUUUGACUUGACCGAGUCUGUGGCGUUCUUGUCUUCUGUGUUGACAAACGGAGACGUGCUUCUGGCUUUCAGCUACACCGGAAUUCAAACAUGGCAAAGAUGGUGAUUCUGCUAGGCCUCGUUGUGGUCGCUGUGACGAUGGUGCAAGCGCAACAAGCCCAGGGUGAGGCGUACCAGUUUCGGUACGACAUACCCAAUCCGGAAGGAGGCAAUCACUUCCACGAGGAGUCGAGUGACGCGGGAGGUGCCCGGCGUGGCUCGUACGGCGUCACCAACAAGGAGGGACAGUUCGUCAACGUGGAGUACGUGGCCGAUGAGCAAGGCUACCGGCCGGUCGUCAAAAGCAACGUGCCUGGUGUGUCACGGGAGGGUUGAGCCCGUUUAUAGUGGACGCAUCGCGGAGCGGGGACGCAUGGCAGAGGCAUCAGUGCUUUCAUCUACGUGCCUUCAUUUCUCACUCCUUGGAACUAUGGCAGUGGUUUUCAGCCGGCGCGGCGCAGCUGUAUGGAAAGCAAAUUUAGUAUAUACAUAAAAGGAAACGUUUU